GGACAAUUUAGAUCGUGAAAAAAUAGGUACCAACUGGUACGAAGUUUAUAAUUAUUGAUUUUUUUCAAUACAAAAAAGAAUUACAUCGUAACUUCGAUGCAAUAAAAUAAAAAUUAAGUAACUAUUUACUAUAAAAUGACACCAAUUUUCUUUACAAAAUAAUAGUUUUGAAUUUUCCUAGUUGUGGGUACUAUUUAUUACUAAUAGCUUUUGUUGGGGGUGGGGGAUUUAGCUUUCUUUUGAAAACAAGUUAGUAUAUGUACAUUGCUCCGUUUUAUCAUUUACAUGCAAUUCUGUCAAUUACAAUUUACCUUCCAGUAUAUUUUACUCUCACGAGCCUAGGGAUUGAGUGCAGACUGUAGUUGCUUCACCAUUAAUCAUAAAAUCUUGACAUACAUUGAUCAUUACUUAAGAGUGUAGUAUUCUUGCUUGUGGCCAUUGAUCACAUAUACUUAUUUUCUAAAAUAGUAUACUUACACAUAAUAUUAUCUCAACCACAAUGUUUUGAUCUUUCUGGCUUAGCGUGCGCACAAACGAAUGUAGUCAAUUGCAACAGUGAUGUCAAUUGCUUAAUUGACAGUAAAGUUAUUCCUCUGCCUUAUGUGUUGCAGCUAGCUCCAGUUAAUGAAAACGCCAACGCGUCUUCAAUUAGAGUCCCUUUUUCUCAUUUCUCUGCACCUUCAUAACAAGCUCACAAUGCCCUUUCAAGUAUAAAUAAUGCCCCUCUCUUCUCCUAAAUCCCAUUCAAACUAGUACUAAAACACUCAAUUCCCAUCAAAAUUUGAGCUUCUCUUUACUGUCUUCCUAACAAAAUAUCAAGAAAGAAAACAUUAUGUCUUCUUCUCUCAGUUGUAAAUCGACCCAUUUCAUUUUAUCAUUUUUUGUAUUGAUUUCUUUCAUCAAUGUGUGCUUUGCUUCAAGAAAGCUCACAGCUUUAGUCCAAGACCCACAAAUGCAGCAGUUUUUGAAGUACCACAAGGGUGCACUCUUUUCAGGCAAAAUUAAUGUUAAUCUGAUUUGGUAUGGAAAAUUCAAGCCAUCCCAAAGAGCUAUUGUAUCCGAUUUCAUCACUUCCCUUUCUACUUCAACUCCAUCUAAUGCCCAUCCUUCUGUUGCCCAAUGGUGGAAAACUACAGAAAAAUACUACCAUCUUGCCAAUUCUAAGAAGACCCUUUCCCUCUCUUUGGGCAAACAAGUGCUCCUAGAAAAUUAUUCCCUAGGAAAAUCAUUGACUCAGAAACAAAUCGUUCAAUUGGCAUCAAAGGGUGAACAAAAAGACGCUAUAAACGUCGUAUUGACCGCCUCUGAUGUUGCUGUUGAUGGGUUCUGUGUCAAUCGUUGUGGGACUCAUGGGUCGUCUAAAGGUGCUAUUAUUAAGGGCAAGACCUACAAAUUUGCUUAUAUUUGGGUUGGUAACUCAGAGACUCAAUGCCCUGGCUACUGUGCUUGGCCAUUCCACCAGCCCAUCUACGGACCACAGAGCCCCCCAUUGGGUGCACCGAACAACGAUGUGGGUGUUGAUGGUAUGGUGAUCAACUUAGCUAGCUUAUUAGCUGGAACCGCAACGAACCCGUUUGGAAAUGGUUACUACCAGGGCGAAGCGGACGCGCCAUUGGAGGCUUCAUCUGCUUGCCCUGGUGUCUAUGCCAAGGGGGCUUACCCUGGCUACGCUGGAGAUCUUUUGGUGGACAAGACUACAGGUGCAAGCUACAAUGCACACGGUGCCAACGGGCGGAAAUACUUGGUUCCUGCUCUAUAUGACCCUGCUACAUCUUCAUGCUCUACUUUGAUCUAGAGAAACAACCAGUAGUUACAGAAUAGGAUAUAGAGUAAUAUAGUAUAUAGUUAUUGAGCAUAGAGUUAUAAGAUCAAAUUGUUGAUUCAUUCAUUUGUUUAAGUUAAAUAUACAAGAAAAUUAUUUUACUACGGUCA